AUGUCUGUUCUACGCCGACGGACGCUGAUCUGGACCGAUAUGAGGAUACGAAAGAUGAAGGAAGUUUUGGCUAGUAUUAAGCUGAUAAAAAUGUAUGCAUGGGAGGAAGCAUUUAAAACAUCUAUAAUGGAUAUAAGGACACGGGAGGCGAAACCGCUGAUACGAUCGUCAAUAUUUAAUUUGAUUUUCAAUGCCAUCAUGCCAAUCACACCAUCACUUGCUACUGUAGUCACCAUAGCCUUGUUUGCAAACGCUGGAAAUGAACUGACAGUAUCUAAGCGUUUCAUGUUGGAAGACGAAUUCAUCCCACCUAGUCGUGAUGUAGAAUGUUCCAUGAAUGCUAUUGAACUCCGAGACACGGUGUUUAUGUGGGAUAGCAAUGCCAGCACCACUCCAGAUGACGGAGAAAAGAUGUCACUGGUACUACGGCAUGAAACUAUAACUAUAAGGAAGGGGAAGCAUAUCGGAAUUUGUGGAACUGUCGGCUGUGGAAAAUCAUCUUUGUUACAAGCAGUCAUCGGUAGGAUGCCCUUGAUUUCCGGCCAUAUUGCUGUUGACGGUACGGUGGCAUAUGCAGCGCAACAGGCCUGGAUAUUUAACGGGACACUGAGGGAAAAUAUUCUCUUCGGACAACCCUAUAAACAAGACUGGUAUACGAAGGUUUUGCAUGCCUGUAGUUUGGAGCCUGAUCUGCGUACUCUAGCUAAUGGUGACAUGACAGAGAUCGGUGACAGAGGAGUAAACUUAAGUGGUGGCCAGAAACAGCGCGUGAGCCUUGCACGUGCCGUCUACAAUAACAGUGACAUCUAUCUUUUGGAUGACCCGCUGUCUGCCGUUGACGGCCAUGUUGGGCAGCACUUGUUCCACAAAUGCAUUGAUUCAGUUUUGAGAAAUAAAACCGUCGUUUUAGUGACUCACCAACUCCAGUAUUUAAAGCACUGUGAUGAAAUUUACGUUAUGGUCGAUGGUGAAAUAGUCCAACAUGGAACCCACGAGACGUUGCUAGCCGAGGAAGGAAAUUACUCAAAGUUAAUUGGCAGUUUGGACACUACAUGUGAUAAAGACGAUUAUUCAUCAGACGACGGCGAUAGUAUAGAUUUAGGACCGGAUGAUACACGUAUUACCACACGAUCGAAACAUGAAGAUCCUACAUGUAGCUGCGAUGACAAGUAUAUGAAAGGGGUUCUCACAGACAGAGAGACGUCCAAGAUUGGGGAAAUCAGCAUGGAAACAUACAUGAGCUACGUCCGUGCAGCAGGAGGCAAACUAGUACUAGUGUUUGUGCUCGUACUCUAUGUAUGUUCACUCUCGUCAGUCGCGUUCACUGAAUGGUGGCUUGGAAUCUGGAUUAGGCAGCGGAAUGCUCAAGAACAAGUAACCGUUCCGUUCGGAUUUACGGACACUAGAACAAACUUAUCGGAUAUGGAGAAUUUCACCAAACAUCCAUUACAGACAAUCAACCUAACUACCUCCUUGGAGGUGGAGGAAGAACUAGAAAAAACAGACUGGUAUUUGACUGUUUAUAUUUAUUCUACACUUGGGAUAAUUGGACUAGCAAUAUUGAAAGGAGUGAUGGCUGGCAUAGUAAUGAUCAGGGCUUCUAAAACCUUACAUAACAAUGCCGUGAGGAGAGUGAUGAGUGCCCCGAUGCAGUUCUUUGACGCAAAUCCGCCGGGUAGAAUCAUAAAUCGGUUCUCUCGAGACAUAGAAGACGCUGAUAUAUUUAUACCGCAUACAUUGGACAUUCUACUUCAGGGAAUCAUCAUGUGUGCUAUCUCCCUUGUCACCACGGCAUACAAUUUCCCUUUGUUCCUUAUUGCAGUUGUUGCAAUUGUAUUCUACUUCUAUAUUAUCAAAACUAUAGCGUCUGUGCCUGUCCGAAAUUUCAAGCGCCUUGAAAACGUUGCAAGGUCGCCACUUCUAAGUCAUAUGACUACAUCAUGCAGUGGACUUAGUACCAUUGUUUCGUACUCGCAGCAAGACUUCUUUAUGAAAGGAUGUCAACAAUACUCGGACAUGACUUCAGUGGGAAUGCUCCUGUUUGAUUCGAGCAUGCGGUGGAUGAGCCUUCGAAUGGAUAUUGGGGGAAGUGUGCUGGCAGUGAUUACAACAAUCAUCGUUGUGUCCACCAAGGAUGCCGUAUCGCCGGCUUUGGCAGCCCUGUCUCUGACUAUGUGUAUAAACAUGACAUCGCUUAUCCAGUUUUUCAGCCGUACGAUUACUGAAGUGGAAGCUACGUUUACAUCCAUCGAACGUAUCCAUGAAUAUGAGAAAAUCCAGGUAGAAAAGGAAACUGAGACUUUACAAGUCGACAGCAAAUGGCCAAGUCAAGGAAGGAUAGUCUUUUCAAAUGUGGAGAUGAAAUAUCGCACUGACAUGGAUCCCGUACUCAAAAACAUCAGCUUCGACAUCCUUCCCAGACAAAAAGUCGGCAUUGUUGGCCGCACAGGAGCAGGUAAGUCCUCAUUGGCUGCUGCGCUGUUCAGGUUGACUGAUCUAUCCGGAGGGCACGUGAUCAUUGAUGGUGUCGAAAUUGGAAAUAUAUCUCGAAAACGCCUUCGUUCGAAAUUGGCAUCGAUUCCACAAGACCCUGUCCUGUUUGCUGGUACACUUAGAUACAAUCUGGAUCCUUUUCACAAGCAAACAGACGAAGAGAUUUGGACAGCGCUGGACCAGGUCCAUUUGAAGGAAAUGAUGAAUCCUAUUUACCUUGACUUGACCAUCGAAGAAAACGGAGAAAACUUCUCUGUUGGAGAGCGGCAACUAAUAUGUUUGGCGCGUGCGAUCUUGCGUCAGAACAAGAUCCUUGUUCUAGACGAGGCCACAGCGUCCAUCGAUACGUCCACAGAUGCUCUGAUUCAGGAGACUGUCCGGGACUGCUUCUCUGACUGUACCGUCCUGACGAUUGCCCACAGACUCAACACCGUCCUAGGUUGUGACGUCAUAAUCGUCAUGGAAGCCGGAAGGGUGUUAGAAAUGGGAAAUCCACAGACAUUGUUAAAGAAUGCCUCUUCGUAUUUCAACAACAUGAUUCGCGCUCAAACUGUGCUGUCACCAGACGCGUCGUUGACUAAUACAGCGUCUGUGUAAAAAGUAGAUUAUGUCAAUUACCGAUUAGGGCACGUUGCAUACGUCUUGAUCCUUAUAUAAACCAAAAUACUAGCUGGAACUCGAUCAGGAAAUUAGAAUGUCUUAAGUAUAGAUGAUAUUCAACAUGGCGUAUACGUUCAUUCGGAAAUGUUACUGCUGAGGAAAUGUACCUUAAUAUUUGAUACAUGUAUUUGUGGUUAAUGCAUCCCCCUUUGUCAUAUAUGCAUGUACAGUCUCCAUAUAGGAUCAGUUACAAACAACAGUGUAUUUAUAGCGGGUCUGCUGUGAAGGAUAAACCAAAUAUAUUAGUUUUACAAUGAAUCGAUGUUGCCGAGUCGAUGUAUUGAUAUUAAAUUGUAUGUUGGCGUAUAAUUUUCAAUAUACAAACCAAAUCGAAGUGAUAUCAUGAUUGCCUUCUAUUUCCCAUCGUAUAUAGGUAGAGAACUACAAAAUUAUUCAAUUCAACCUUUUAAAUUGCUACGGCAGCGAAAUUGGUUAUACAGCUAUAUUAGAGUCAGUGGGACACAACACAGUUAUGUCAUGUUGACUACUCAGACAAAUACAAAGCAACACAGACACAAUAACGUUGUCAUAAUUCUUUAAAUCAUUUUAAACGAUGGCAACAUAUAAACUAAAAUAUAGAUUUGCAUGGAGACUCCAGAAAAAGUACAAAGAAAAUAUAAUCAGGUGUUCCGGAAGAAUAAGUGUCUUCUGUUUCAUCGACGACACCUACUAUAUAAAUAUAGGUCAAAUCCGGGCUAAAUCGCAAUCCUAAGUGAAAGUUACGCAUCAGUCUUAAUGAUAUCCUACAUUUUAUAAAUAAACAUAUAAAUGCAACACUGUUUUUAUCUUGUCUAUAUGUCCUUGUUCACAAUUUUGUACGUGGUCAUUAAGCAUUUAAAAUGAAAAUGCAUGUUGUCCUCUGGAUUAGGACGGCUCUUUCAGAUCACUCGCACAUUUAGUGAGA